UCGGGCCGCGCCCCAGCUCCCGGCUUGCCGUCUACACAAGUAAUCCAGUCUCUCAGAGAAGAAUGCGAAGACCAACUGUCUGGUGAAGAUAGAAAAAGGAUGGCAUCCCAGGAACUAUUUCCAUAAUAAGAACUAAUGGCCGAUGAUUAAGUCAACAUGGCAACUAUGAUUCCACCAGUGAAACUGAAAUGGCUUGAACACCUGAAUAGCACAUGGAUCACAGAGGACAGCGAAUCCAUUGCCACAAGGGAGGGAGUUUCAGUGCUGUAUUCCAAGUUAGUUAGCAAUAAGGAAGUAAUACCUUUGCCCCAACAAGUUUUGUGCCUCAAAGGACCACAAUUGCCAGACUUUGAACGCGAGUCUCUUUCAAGCGAUGAGCAGGACCACUAUUUGGAUGCUCUUCUUAGCAGCCAGUUAGCAUUAGCAAAGAUGGUAUGUUCCGAUUCCCCGUUUGCUGGAGCACUUCGAAAAAGACUACUUGUCCUCCAACGUGUCUUUUAUGCACUUUCUAAUAAAUAUCAUGACAAGGGAAAAGUGAAACAACAACAGCAUUCUCCAGAGAGCAGCUGUGGUUCAGCAGAUGUCCAUUCCGUUAGUGAACGGCCCCGCUCCAGCACUGAUGCACUUAUAGAAAUGGGUGUUCGAACUGGUCUGAGCUUAUUAUUUGCACUUCUAAGGCAAAGCUGGAUGAUGCCUGUGUCAGGAUCUGGUCUCAGUCUUUGCAACGAUGUUAUUCACACUGCAAUUGAAGUUGUGAGCUCUUUGCCACCACUGUCUUUGGCAAAUGAAAGCAAGAUUCCACCAAUGGGCUUGGACUGCUUAUCACAAGUAACAACCUUUCUUAAAGGAGUAACUAUUCCCAACUCAGGGGCUGACACUUUAGGUCGUAGAUUAGCUUCCGAGUUGCUGCUUGGUUUAGCAGCUCAGCGAGGCUCUUUACGGUAUCUUCUUGAGUGGAUAGAAAUGGCUUUGGGGGCUUCAGCAGUUGUCAAUUCUAUGGAGAAAAGCAAACUACUAUCAAGCCAGGAAGGAAUGAUCAGCUUUGACUGCUUCAUGACUAUAUUAAUGCAGAUGCGGCGUUCUUUGGGUUCAUCUGCUGAUCGAAGUCAGUGGAGGGAACCUACAAGAACAUCUGAUGGCCUGUGUUCACUCUAUGAGGCAGCUUUAUGUCUCUUUGAAGAGGUUUGCAGAAUGGCUUCUGAUUACUCAAGAACAUGUGCUAGCCCUGAGAGCAUUCAGACUGGUGAUGCUCCCCUUGUCUCAGAGACCUGUGAGGUCUAUGUUUGGGGGAGCAACAGCAGUCAUCAGCUGGUGGAAGGCACACAAGAGAAGAUAUUACAGCCCAAAUUGGCUCCUAGUUUCUCUGACGCUCAGACGAUUGAAGCUGGACAAUACUGCACUUUUGUCAUUUCUACAGAUGGCUCUGUGAGAGCUUGCGGUAAAGGCAGCUAUGGUAGACUGGGCCUUGGAGAUUCUAAUAAUCAAUCUACUUUGAAAAAAUUAACAUUUGAGCCUCAUAGGUCCAUUAAAAAGGUUUCAUCUUCUAAAGGAUCGGAUGGUCAUACUUUAGCUUUUACAACAGAAGGAGAAGUCUUCAGUUGGGGAGAUGGUGAUUAUGGGAAACUGGGACAUGGAAAUAGUUCAACACAGAAAUAUCCCAAGCUUAUUCAAGGUCCUCUUCAGGGAAAGGUAGUUGUUUGUGUGUCAGCUGGAUACAGACAUAGUGCUGCUGUCACAGAGGAUGGUGAAUUAUACACAUGGGGAGAAGGAGACUUUGGCAGAUUGGGUCAUGGUGACAGUAAUAGUCGAAACAUUCCAACUUUAGUAAAAGACAUUAGCAAUGUAGGAGAGGUCUCCUGUGGCAGUUCACACACUAUUGCUUUAUCUAAAGAUGGAAGAACUGUGUGGUCUUUUGGAGGAGGAGAUAAUGGCAAACUUGGCCACGGAGAUACCAACAGAGUUUAUAAACCUAAAGUUAUUGAAGCUUUACAAGGAAUGUUUAUUCGCAAAGUUUGUGCUGGGAGCCAAUCUUCACUUGCUUUGACAUCAACAGGGCAGGUCUAUGCUUGGGGCUGUGGAGCUUGUUUAGGUUGUGGCUCUUCAGAAGCGACUGCUUUGAGACCCAAGCUUAUUGAAGAACUGGCUGCCACAAGAAUAGUUGAUAUUUCUAUUGGAGAUAGUCAUUGUUUGGCUCUUUCACAUGAUAAUGAAGUAUAUGCAUGGGGUAAUAACUCCAUGGGGCAGUGUGGCCAAGGAAAUUCCACUGGUCCCAUUACUAAACCAAAAAAAGUUAGUGGUUUGGAUGGUAUAGCUAUUCAGCAGAUCUCAGCUGGAACAUCCCAUAGUCUUGCAUGGACUGCUCUUCCUAGAGACAGACAAGUUGUUGCAUGGCACCGACCUUAUUGUGUAGAUCUUGAAGAGAGUACCUUCUCACACCUCCGUUCUUUUCUUGAGAGAUACUGUGAUAAAAUAAACAGUGAGGUUCCUCCACUCCCUUUCCCUUCAUCAAGGGAACACCACAGUUUCCUCAAGCUGUGCCUGAAGCUGCUUUCAAAUCAUCUUGCUCUUGCACUUGCUGGAGGAGUAGCUACCAGCAUUCUUGGGAGACAAGCAGGUCCACUUAGAAAUUUGCUCUUCAGACUGAUGGACUCAACUGUCCCUGAUGAAAUCCAGGAGGUGGUAAUUGAAACUCUGUCAGUGGGAGCAACUAUGCUCUUACCUCCAUUACGAGAGCGAAUGGAAUUACUUCAUUCUCUUCUACCACAAGGACCAGAUAGAUGGGAGAGCUUAUCUAAAGGACAGAGAAUGCAGCUUGAUAUCAUUCUGACAAGUCUUCAGGAUCACACUCAUGUAGCCUCCCUGCUUGGCUACAGCUCACCCUCUGAUGCUGCUGACCUUGCUUCAGUGUGUGCCAGCUAUGGAAACAUGUCAGAUCAACCCUAUGGCACACAGAGCUGCCACCCAGACACACAUCUGGCUGAAAUUCUGAUGAAGACUCUCUUAAGAAAUUUAGGGUUUUAUACAGAUCAAGCAUUUGGAGAGCUAGAAAAGAAUAGUGAUAAAUUUUUACUUGGGACGUCGUCUUCGGAGAAUAGUCAGCCUGCUCAUCUUCAUGAACUUCUGUGUUCACUGCAGAAACAGCUUCUGGCCUUUUGCCAUAUCAAUAACAUUAGUGAGAACUCAAGCAGUGUGGCAUUACUUCAUAAACACCUUCAGCUCUUGUUGCCUCAUGCCACAGAUAUUUAUUCACGUUCUGCAAAUUUGCUCAAAGAAAGUCCUUGGAAUGGCAGCGUUGGAGAAAAAUUAAGAGAUGUGAUAUACGUCUCUGCAGCAGGCAGCAUGCUCUGCCAGAUCGUUAACUCCCUACUGUUGCUCCCCGUUUCCGUGGCUCGGCCUCUGCUGAGUUACCUCCUCGACUUGCUGCCACCUCUGGAUUGCCUUAAUAGACUCCUCCCAGCUGCCGCUCUUCUAGAAGACCAAGAGUUACAGUGGCCUCUUCAUGGAGGUCCAGAAUUGAUUGAUCCUGCUGGCUUGUCAUUACCUCAACCAGCCCAGUCCUGGGUAUGGCUUGUUGAUCUGGAAAGAACCAUUGCUCUCCUCAUUGGGCGGUGUCUUGGCGGCAUGCUUCUGGGCUCCCCUGUGUCCCCAGAGGAACAAGAUACUGCAUAUUGGUUGAAAACACCACUUUUUAGUGAUGGUGUAGAAAUGGACAUCCCUCAGUUAGAUAAGUGCAUGAGUUGCUUACUAGAAGUAGCUCUUUCUGGAAAUGAGGAGCAGAAGCCUUUCGAUUACAAGUUGCGGCCAGAAAUUGCUGUCUAUGUAGACUUGGCAUUGGGUUGCUUCAAAGAACCUGCACGGAGCCUUUGGAUCAGCAUGCAGGAUUAUGCUGUCAGUAAAGAUUGGGACAGUGCAACUUUAAGUAACGAGUCACUCUUGGACACUGUGUCUAGAUUUGUUCUUGCAGCUCUUCUGAAACACACAAAUUUACUCAGUCAAGCAUGUGGAGAAAGCCGAUAUCAACCUGGCAAAAGCUUAUCAGAAGUGUAUCGUUGUGUGUAUAAAGUUCGAAGUCGUUUGCUUGCUUGCAAGAAUCUUGAACUUAUUCAGACCAGAUCAUCUUCACGAGAUAGAUGGAUCUCAGAAAACCAGGACUCUGCAGAUGUUGACCCUCAGGAGCAUUCAUUCACUCGAACCAUUGAUGAAGAAGCUGAAAUGGAGGAGCAGGCUGAGCGAGACCGGGAAGAGGGACACCCAGAGCCAGAGGAUGAUGAGGAAGAACGGGAGCAUGAAGUGAUGACAGCUGGCAAAAUCUUUCAGUGUUUCCUCUCAGCCCGUGAAGUAGCACGUAGCCGGGAUCGAGAUAGAAUGAACAGUGGGGCAGGGUCUGGGGCUCGAGUUGAUGAUCCACUUCCUCAGUCUCAGCAAGAGCGAAGGGUCAGCACAGACCUUCCUGAAGGUCAGGAUGUCUACACCGCUGCCUGCAAUUCCGUGAUCCAUCGGUGUGCCCUUUUAAUAUUAGGAGUAAGUCCUGUGAUUGAUGAGCUGCACAAGCGAAGGGAAGAAGGCCAAUCACAGCAGCCUUCGACAAGCACCUCUGAAGGGGGUGGACUCAUGACCAGGAGUGAAAGUCUUACUGCAGAGAGCCGGCUAGUCCAUGCAAGUCCAAAUUAUAAACUUAUCAAAUCAAGGAGUGAAUCUGAUCUGUCUCAGCCUGAAUCAGAUGAAGAGAGUUACGUACUGAGUGGAAGGCGAAAUGUUGAUUUGGAUUUAUCAUCAUCCCAUAGAAAGAGAGGCCAUAUACACAGUCCAUUGGAAUCCCUGAGUGACUCCUGGGCCCGCCUGAAACAUAGCCGAGACUGGUUGUACAACUCUUCUUGCUCAUUUGAAUCUGAUUUUGAUCUUACCAAGUCUUUGGGAGUUCAUUCUUUGAUUGAAAAUGUUGUGAGCUUUGUGAGUGGAGAUGUGGGAAAUGCCCCCGGUUUUAAAGAGCCAGAGGAAGGCAUGUCUACAAGUCCUCAAGCUUCCAUCAUUGCAAUGGAACAACAGCAGUUAAGGGCAGAACUUCGAUUAGAGGCACUUCAUCAGAUCCUCAUUCUUCUAUCUGGGAUGGAGGAGAAAGGUAGUGUUUCUCUGGCAGGAAGCAGGUUGAGCCCCGGAUUCCAGUCCUCCACACUGCUUACAUCUGUGAGAUUGCAGUUCCUAGCAGGGUGUUUUGGUUUAGGGACUGUGGGACACACAGGAACCAAAGGAGAAUGUGGCCGUUUUCAUCACUAUCAGGAUGGCAUCAGAGCAGCCAAAAGAAAUAUUCAGAUUGAAAUCCAGCUAGCUGUGCAUAAGAUCUACCAACAAUUGUCUGCCACCUUGGAGAGAGCCCUGCAAGCAAACAAGCAUCACAUUGAAGCACAGCAGCGUCUCCUCUUGGUGACUGUUUUCGCAUUGAGUGUCCACUAUCAGCCUGUGGAUGUCUCCUUGGCAAUUUCCACUGGGCUACUGAAUGUAUUGUCACAGUUAUGUGGUACAGACGCCAUGCUAGGGCAGCCCCUGCAGCUGUUGCCAAAGACAGGCGUCUCCCAGCUCAGUACAGCUUUAAAGGUGGCUAGUACAAGGUUGCUCCAGAUUCUUGCCAUCACCACGGGGACAUAUGCGGAUAAACUGAGCCCCAAGGUGGUCCAAUCCCUGCUUGAUCUCCUCUGUAGUCAGUUAAAGAACUUACUAUCCCAGGCUGGUGUUCUGCUUAUGGCCUCUUUUGGAGAAGGGGAAGGAGAAAAUAGUGAAGAAGAAAAAAAAGCUGAUUCAAGUGGAGAAACUGAGAAGAAAGAUUUCAGAGCUGCUCUUCGGAAACAGCAUAUAGCUGAACUGCAUCUGGGGGAUUUUUUAGUUUUUCUUCGUAGAGUUGUGUCUUCAAAAGCAAUUCAAUCAAAAAUGGCUUCCCCAAAGUGGACAGAGGUCCUUUUAAAUAUAGCAUCUCAGAAAUGUUCUUCAGGUAUCCCUUUAGUUGGUAACUUGAGAACAAGGCUCCUUGCACUUCAUGUCCUUGAGGCUGUGCUACCAGCUUGCGAAUCUGGUGUAGAAGAUGAUCAAAUGGCCCAGGUUGUAGAAUGUUUGUUUUCCCUUCUGUCGGAUUGUAUGUGGGAGACACCCAUUGCUCAGGCCAAGCAUGCUAUUCAAGUAAAGGAAAAGGAACAGGAAAUAAAAUUACAGAAGCAGGGAGAAUUGGAAGAAGAAGAUGAGAAUCUCCCUAUACAAGAAAUCUCAUUUGACCCAGAGAAAGCUCAGUGUUGCCUGGUAGAAAAUGGGCAGAUUUUAACUCAUGGCAGUGGAGGAAAAGGAUAUGGACUGGCAUCAACUGGAAUCACUUCUGGAUGCUACCAGUGGAAGUUUUACAUUGUGAAGGAAAACAGAGGGAAUGAAGGCACAUGUGUUGGAGUUUCUCGCUGGCCAGUGCAUGACUUUAAUCACCGUACUACCUCAGAUAUGUGGCUGUAUCGAGCUUAUAGUGGUAAUCUCUACCACAAUGGAGAGCAGACUCUAACUUUGUCCAGCUUUACUCAAGGAGAUUUUAUUACCUGUGUAUUAGACAUGGAAGCCAGGACUAUUUCUUUUGGAAAGAAUGGAGAGGAACCCAAAUUAGCUUUUGAAGAUGUGGAUGCAUCAGAAUUAUACCCAUGUAUAAUGUUCUAUAGUAGCAACCCAGGGGAAAAGGUGAAAAUUUGUGACAUGCAGAUGCGUGGCACACCACGAGACUUGCUUCCAGGAGACCCCAUUUGUAGUCCAGUAGCAGCAGUGUUGGCAGAGGCCACCAUUCAGCUCAUCCGUAUCCUUCAUCGGACAGACCGCUGGACUUACUGCAUUAACAAAAAAAUGAUGGAAAGACUACACAAAAUUAAGAUAUGUAUUAAAGAGUCAGGUCAGAAGCUAAAAAAAAGCCACUCGGUUCAAAGCCGAGAGGAAAAUGAACUGAGAGAGGAGAAAGAGAGCAAAGAGGAAGAUAAAGGUAAACAUAAUAGACAUGGCCUUGCUGACCUCUCCGAACUGCAGCUGAGGACCCUGUGCGUAGAGGUGUGGCCUGUGUUGGCAGUGAUAGGAGGAGUCGAUGCUGGCCUUAGAGUUGGAGGUCGUUGUGUUCACAAACAAACUGGGCGCCAUGCCACACUGCUUGGAGUGGUGAAAGAGGGCAGCACAUCUGCCAAGGUCCAGUGGGAUGAAGCAGAAAUUACCAUCAGCUUCCCAACUUUUUGGUCGCCUAGCGAUACUCCACUGUAUAAUCUGGAGCCCUGUGAACCACUGCCUUUUGAUGUGGCACGAUUCCGAGGCCUGACAGCAUCUUUGCUGCUGGACCUCACCUAUCUGACUGGCAUUCAUGAAGAUAUGAGCAAGCAGAGCACCAAACGCCAUGAAAAGAAACACCGGCAUGAGUCUGAGGACAAAGGGGAAGUCGAGCAGAAAAGCGAGAGUGAACCUCCUUUCGAUAUAAGAACAAGCUUCAUAUCUGAUGAUGCAAAAGGCCAGAGUGCCACAAGCUCCAAAUCAUCAGAAAGUGAAAUCGUUUUAUUUCCUUUAGAUUCAGCACUGCCAGGGCUUGAAUCCCAACAUCAGAUAACAGAAGGAAAAAGAAAAAGUCAUGAACAUAUGUCCAAAAACCAUGACAUAGCUCAGACAGAAACCAGAGCAGUCCAGCUGUCUUACCUCUACCUCGGGGCAAUGAAAUCACUUAGUGCUCUUCUUGGCUGCAGUAAAUAUGCUGAACUGUUGCUCAUCCCCAAAGUCUUGGCUGAGAAUGGGCACAACUCCGACUGUGCGAGCUCCCCCGUUGUUCAGGAGGACGUCGACCUGCGAGCCGCCCUCCAGCUCCUCAUGCGCCACAUGGUGAAGCGUGCAGUCAUGCGGUCGCCCAUCAAGCGAGCAUUGGGACUGGCUGAUCUUGAGCGAGCACAAGCUAUGAUCUAUAAACUAGUAGUCCACGGGCUUUUGGAAGACCAGUUUGGGGGCAAAAUUAAACAAGAGUUUGAGCAGCAAGCUGAAGAUAGUGACCAAGCCCAGCAGGCCCAGACCCCUGUGACCACUAGUCCAUCAGCUUCAAGUACCACUUCCUUUAUGAGCAGUUCCUUGGAGGACACCACAACUGCCACCACUCCUGUCACAGACACAGAGACUGUGCCUGCAUCUGAGUCCCCAGGUGUCAUGCCGCUGAGUCUUCUCAGGCAAAUGUUCUCUAGUUAUCCAACUACCACUGUACUUCCAACACGGCGUGCACAAACUCCUCCAAUAUCUUCCCUUCCAACCUCCCCUUCUGAUGAAGUUGGAAGAAGGCAAAGCUUAACAUCUCCCGAUUCACAGUCAGCAAGACCAGCUAACCGCACAGCCUUGUCAGACCCAAGUAGCAGACUUUCAACUUCUCCUCCUCCUCCAGCAAUUGCUGUGCCCUUGUUGGAGAUGGGAUUUUCUCUCCGGCAGAUUGCCAAAGCAAUGGAAGCCACAGGUACCCAAGGAGAAGCUGAUGCCCAGAACAUCACUGUCCUUGCCAUGUGGAUGAUUGAACACCCUGGGCAUGAAGAUGAAGAAGAGGCCCCCUCUGGGAGCACUGCUGAUUCCAGACAUGGAGCUGGAGUUCUGGGCAGUGGUGGGAAGUCAAACGAUCCCUGUCACUUGCAGUCACCAGGAGACAUACCAUCAGCUGAUGCUGCUGAAGUGGAGGAAGGCUUCAGUGAGAGCCCUGAUAAUCUGGACCAUACAGAAAAUGCAGCAUCUGGAAGUGGUCCACCAGCAAGAGGUCGCUCAGCAGUCACAAGGAGACACAAAUUUGAUCUGGCUGCUCGCACAUUGCUAGCAAGAGCAGCGGGGCUGUACCGCUCUGUGCAGGCCCACAGAAAUCAGAGUCGGAGAGAAGGAAUGUCUCUGCAGCAAGAUCCAGGGGCGUUGUAUGACUUUAAUUUAGAUGAGGAGUUGGAAAUCGAUCUUGAUGAUGAAGCCAUGGAAGCCAUGUUUGGACAAGACCUGGCCAAUGACAAUGAUAUUCUGGGAAUGUGGAUCCCAGAGGUACUGGAUUGGCCUACCUGGCAUGUUUGUGAGUCUGAAGACAGGGAAGAAGUGGUGGUGUGUGAACUGUGUGAAUGCAGUGUCAUCAGCUUCAACCAACACAUGAAGAGAAAUCACCCAGGCUGUGGGCGCAGUGCCAACCGGCAGGGCUAUCGCAGCAAUGGCUCCUAUGUGGAUGGCUGGUUUGGUGGGGAAUGUGGCAGUGGAAAUCCUUACUAUCUACUCUGUGGCAGCUGCAGGGAAAAAUACUUAGCACUGAAGACCAAAUCUAAGACAUCAAGUUCAGAAAGGUACAAGGGACAAGCUCCAGAUCUAAUUGGCAAGCAGGACAGUGUGUAUGAAGAGGAUUGGGACAUGUUGGAUGUUGAUGAAGAUGAAAAGCUAACAGGUGAAGAAGAAUUUGAAUUACUUGCUGGACCACUUGGUUUAAAUGAUCGACGCAUUGUGCCAGAACCAGUUCAGUUCCCGGACAGUGAUCCAUUAGGAGCCUCAGUGGCAAUGGUGACAGCCACCAACAGUAUGGAAGAAACUCUGAUGCAAAUAGGGUGCCACGGCUCUGUUGAAAAGAGUUCCUCUGGAAGAAUCACAUUAGGUGAGCAGGCAGCUGCUUUGGCAAACCCUCAUGACCGAGUGGUGGCUCUGAGAAGACUGACUGCUGCUGCCCAGGUCCUUCUGGCCAGAACAAUGGUCAUGAGAGCACUGUCCCUCCUGUCAGUCAGUGGUUCCAGUUGUAGCCUUGCUGCUGGUCUUGAAUCUCUGGGCCUCACAGAUAUUCGGACACUAGUUAGAUUAAUGUGCUUGGCUGCAGCAGGGAGAGCUGGCCUCUCCACCAGCCCCUCAGCCACAGCAAAUACCUCAGAGCGCUCUCGCGGCGGGCACAGCAAGGCCAGCAAGCCCAUUUCUUGCCUGGCCUACCUGAGCACAGCAGUGGGCUGUCUGGCCUCCAACACCCCCAGUGCAGCCAAGCUCCUGGUGCAGCUGUGUACACAGAAUUUGAUUUCUGCUGCAACGGGUGUAAACCUAACUACUGUUGAUGAUCCAAUUCAGCGCAAGUUUCUACCCAGCUUUCUCCGAGGAAUUGCUGAGGAAAAUAAGCUUGUAACUUCCCCAAACUUCGUUGUCACUCAGGCACUUGUAGCUUUACUAGCAGACAAAGGGGCCAAAUUGAGACCUAACUAUGAUAAGUCAGAAGUUGAAAAGAAAGGCCCUCUGGAGCUGGCCAAUGCCCUGGCAGCUUGCUGCCUUUCCUCCAGGCUGUCUUCACAGCACAGGCAAUGGGCUGCUCAGCAACUUGUGCGCACUCUUGCUGCACAUGAUCGAGACAACCAAGCAGCUCCACAGACGCUCGCUGAUAUGGGAGGAGACCUCAGAAAAUGCUCCUUUAUCAAAUUGGAGGCACAUCAGAACCGAGUUAUGACUUGUGUUUGGUGUAAUAAGAAAGGUCUCUUGGCUACAAGUGGCAACGAUGGCACCAUCCGGGUGUGGAGUGUUACUAAAAAGCAAUAUUCACUGCAGCAGACCUGCGUAUUCAACCGAUUGGAAGGGGACAUUGAAGAAAGCCUGGGGUCACCCAGCGAUCCAAGUUUCUCACCAGUUUCCUGGAGUAUCAGUGGCAAAUACCUGGCUGGAGCUUUGGAAAAGAUGGUGAAUAUCUGGCAAGUUAAUGGAGGAAAAGGAUUAGUAGAUAUUCAGCCUCAUUGGGUUUCUGCCCUGGCUUGGCCAGAAGAGGGUCCAGCUCUAGCUUGGUCAGGAGAGUCUCCAGAGUUACUAUUGGUAGGACGGAUGGAUGGAUCCCUAGGAUUGAUUGAAGUGGUUGAUGUAUCCACCAUGCACCGCAGGGAACUAGAGCACUGCUACCGAAAGGAUGUGUCUGUAACCUGCAUUGCUUGGUUCAGUGAAGAAAAACCAUUUGCAGUGGGAUAUUUUGAUGGGAAACUGUUACUGGGAACAAAGGAAGCACUUGAUAAAGGAGGCAUGGUUCUCAUUGAUGCACAUAAGGAUACCCUUGUUAGUAUGAAAUGGGACCCAAUGGGUCAUCUUCUUAUGACUUGUGCCAAAGAAGAAAAUGUGAAAAUCUGGGGACCUGUUUCAGGAUGCUGGCGCUGUCUCCAUGCACUCUGUCAUCCAUCUAUUGUCAAUGGCAUUGCUUGGUGCAGCCUCUCAGGAAAAGGAGCUGAACUGAAUUUACUCAUGGCUACUGGUUGUCAAAGUGGUUUAGUGUGUGUUUGGCGUAUUCCACAAGAUACAACACAAACCAGUAUGAUUGGUUCAGAAGGAUGGUGGGAACCAGAACCAAAUGGCCAGGAUAGAUAUCGAAAAUCAGCUGGAGCCAAGUGUGUUUAUCAACUUAGGGGUCAUAUCACCCCUGUCCGGACAGUUGCCUUUAGUUCUGACGGGCUGGCCCUGGUAUCCGGUGGAUUGGGUGGACUUAUGAACAUCUGGUCUCUAAGGGAUGGUUCAGUGUUACAAACUGUUGUCAUAGGCUCAGGAGCUAUUCAGACCACAGUAUGGAUUCCAGAUGUCGGAGUAGCUGCUUGCUCCAAUAGAUCAAAGGAUGUUUUGGUUGUGAAUUGUACAUCAGAAUGGGCAGCAGCCAAUCAUGUUUUAGCAACCUGUAGGACAGCAUUGAAACAACAGGGUGUUCUUGGAUUAAAUAUGGCCCCCUGCAUGAGAGCCUUUUUGGAGCGACUACCCAUGAUGCUUCAGGAGCAAUAUGCCUAUGAAAAGCCCCAUGUGGUUUGUGGGGACCAGCUCGUUCACAGCCCUUACAUGCAGUGUCUCGCUUCUCUGGCUGUGGGACUUCAUCUGGACCAAUUACUGUGUAACCCUCCAGUGCCUCCACACCACCGGAAAUGCCUCCCUGAUCCCGCUUCUUGGAAUCCAAACGAAUGGUCGUGGUUAGAGUGCUUCUCAACAACUAUCAAAGCUGCUGAAGCACUAACCAAUGGAGCACAGUUCCCAGAAUCUUUCACGGUUCCUGAUCUGGAGCCUGUUCCAGAGGAUGAACUUACAUUCCUAAUGGAUAAUAGUAAAUGGAUAAAUGGAAUGGAUGAACAAAUUAUGUCUUGGGCAACUUCCAGACCUGAGGACUGGCACCUGGGAGGUAAAUGCGAUGUCUACUUGUGGGGUGCUGGCAGGCAUGGACAACUGGCAGAAGCAGGAAGAAAUGUGAUGGUUCCAGCAGCUGCUCCAUCAUUCUCACAGGCCCAACAAGUCAUAUGUGGCCAGAAUUGCACCUUUGUCAUCCAGGCCAAUGGCACAGUAUUGGCUUGUGGGGAAGGAAGUUAUGGAAGAUUAGGACAAGGAAAUUCAGAUGAUCUUCAUGUGCUAACAGUUAUUUCAGCCUUACAAGGCUUUGUGGUGACCCAACUGGUGACUUCCUGUGGCUCUGAUGGGCACUCAAUGGCCCUGACUGAAAGUGGUGAGGUCUUUAGCUGGGGAGAUGGUGAUUAUGGCAAACUAGGCCAUGGCAACAGUGACAGGCAGCGACGGCCCAGGCAGAUUGAGGCCUUACAAGGAGAAGAAGUGGUGCAGAUGUCCUGUGGAUUCAAGCACUCAGCAGUGGUGACUUCAGAUGGCAAACUCUUCACCUUUGGGAAUGGGGACUAUGGUCGUCUGGGUCUUGGAAAUACCUCAAACAAAAAGCUCCCAGAAAGAGUGACGGCACUGGAGGGUUAUCAGAUCGGACAGGUAGCCUGUGGCUUAAACCACACGUUGGCAGUAUCAGCAGAUGGCUCCAUGGUAUGGGCUUUUGGAGAUGGCGAUUAUGGGAAACUGGGCUUAGGAAAUUCUACUGCCAAGUCUUCACCUCAGAAAGUUGAUGUGCUCUGUGGAAUUGGAAUUAAAAAAGUUGCUUGUGGAACUCAGUUCUCUGUUGCCUUGACUAAAGAUGGUCAUGUGUAUACCUUUGGGCAAGAUCGUUUGAUAGGCUUGCCAGAGGGACGAGCUCGCAAUCACAAUCGUCCCCAACAAAUCCCUGUCUUAUCUGGAGUGAUCAUUGAAGAUGUGGCUGUUGGAGCUGAACACACACUUGCUUUAUCAUCAAAUGGAGAUGUAUAUGCCUGGGGGAGCAAUUCAGAAGGGCAGCUUGGCCUGGGCCACACCAACCAUGUUCGAGAACCAACCCUGAUAACAGUCCUACAAGGGAAAAACAUUCGUCAGAUCUCAGCUGGCCGCUGCCACAGCGCUGCCUGGACUGCACCACCCGUGCCACCCCGAACCCCAGGUGUGUCGGUGCCCCUGCAGCUGGGCCUGCCUGACGCCGUACCCCCACAGUAUGGAGCACUGCGGGAGGUGAGCAUCCACACAGCAAGGGCCCGCCUCCGCCUGCUCUACCACUUCUCUGACCUCAUGUACUCAUCCUGGCGCCUCCUGAAUCUCAGCCCCAAUAACCAGAAUAGUACAUCUCAUUAUAAUGCUGGAACAUGGGGUAUUGUUCAGGGCCAACUCCGGCCCUUGCUUGCUCCAAGAGUCUACACUCUCCCCAUGGUGCGCUCCAUAGGAAAGACCAUGGUUCAAGGCAAAAACUACGGACCUCAGAUUACUGUGAAGAGGAUCUCAACCAGGGGACGUAAGUGUAAGCCCAUCUUUGUCCAGAUAGCAAGACAAGUUGUUAAACUGAAUGCUUCAGAUCUUCGUCUGCCUUCCCGAGCGUGGAAGGUUAAGCUGGUUGGAGAAGGAGCCGAUGAUGCCGGAGGAGUAUUUGAUGACACUAUCACAGAGAUGUGCCAGGAACUUGAAACUGGUGUUGUUGACCUUCUUAUACCAUCUCCCAAUGCCACUGCAGAAGUGGGUUACAAUAGGGACAGGUUCCUUUUUAACCCCUCUGCCUGCCUCGAUGAGCACUUAAUGCAGUUUAAGUUCUUGGGAAUUUUAAUGGGGGUUGCUAUUCGCACCAAGAAGCCUCUGGACCUUCACUUGGCCCCACUGGUAUGGAAGCAGCUGUGCUGUGUCCCGCUCACUCUGGAAGACCUGGAGGAGGUGGACCUGCUGUAUGUGCAGACCCUCAACAGCAUUCUUCACAUUGAAGACAGUGGCAUCACUGAGGAGAAUUUCCAUGAGAUGAUUCCUCUUGAUUCUUUUGUUGGCCAGAGUGCUGAUGGCAAAAUGGUUCCCAUAAUCCCUGGUGGAAAUAGCAUCCCACUCACAUUUUCCAACAGGAAGGAGUAUGUGGAGAGAGCCAUCGAAUAUCGGCUUCACGAGAUGGACCGACAGGUCGCUGCAGUCCGAGAAGGGAUGUCAUGGAUUGUCCCUGUGCCACUGCUGUCCUUGCUGACCGCCAAACAGCUGGAGCAGAUGGUGUGCGGGAUGCCCGAGAUCUCUGUGGAGGUCCUGAAGAAAGUAGUGCGGUACCGGGAGGUGGAUGAACAACAUCAGCUGGUCCAGUGGUUCUGGCAAACCUUGGAGGAGUUUUCCAAUGAGGAGCGUGUGCUUUUCAUGAGGUUUGUGUCUGGAAGAUCUCGAUUGCCAGCCAACACUGCUGAUAUUUCUCAGAGAUUUCAGAUCAUGAAGGUUGAUCGGCCUUACGACAGUCUGCCUACCUCACAGACUUGCUUCUUCCAGCUGCGGCUGCCCCCCUACUCCAGCCAGCUGGUCAUGGCUGAGCGCCUGCGCUACGCCAUCAACAACUGCCGCUCCAUUGACAUGGAUAAUUAUAUGCUCUCGAGAAACGUGGACAACACUGAGGGCUCUGACACCGACUACUGACCCUCCAACAGCGUUCACUUCCAGUUUCAUGUUGACACACGUAACUACAUAGAUGUUUUAGGGCAUAAACCAAUAUUAUAAACAGUGGCCACAUUUAGUUACUCUAAAUGUAACAAAGACAGUAGAUGUUUUUAUUUUUCUGUGAUUGUACAAAAUAAUUGCUCUCAGUCAGGUGUAUUCUUCCAUAUUUUUGGUCACUUUUGAUAAGUUUGCAUGGAGCCAUUUUGGUGUAUUUUUAGUUGGGAAUGGUACAUUUUUGUAAACCCACUCAGUGAACAUGGAAUUGUACAUUGUGUAUAAUUGUUCAUUAGAAAGGACAGUUUUACAUGAAUAUUCAUAUAUUUAUUUUUGGUUUAAUUUGAAUUGCCUGUGCAGGGUUCCUUAUGCAGAGAAAUAAAGCCAAUUCAGGAAUCCAUGC